AUGUCGCUGACCUUGUUUCCAGAGGGUAUACACCCACGGAUUCCUGUGGAACCUCAGGACCUUGUAUGCUUGCAGUGUCCUGAAGCUAACCUUGGCCGGUCGCUGCUUUAUUCUCUUGCUGAACGGGCAGCCCUUUUCAGCUCGAACGGGUUGACGUACCACGUGUUCCUCAUUGACGGCGACUGUCUCAGCGGCGUUGUCGGACAAGGCGAGUGUGCCAGAGAGGUACUAUGGAAGACUUUGCUAGAAGCCAGAACAGAGGCGACUGUGGAGGAGCCUUUGGCCAUAGAUCGUGUUUCUAUUGCAGUGUGCCACUCGUUUAAGGAAAGCCUUGCUUGUCUUCGAGGCAUUCUGCAUACUGUCGAGCAGUUGUCACGGGAAUUUCCCGAAAACACGCGAACGGUUCCUGAACGAAAGCUUUCACUUCGGACUACUGUAUCGCCAUUUCCGCAUCAUGUAAAAGCGAGUCAGAACUUCUCGCUUUUGUCGCUUCCGCAUGAACGGCAAAUUUCUCAGAACUUGGAAAGCUUUAAUGAACCAAGCUCAACCUCUUUCAAAAGCUUUUCAGAGAGCGUUGCACUUACCGACAAUUGCAUAGUGAAAACACCGAGCACGCUGCCAGUAUCGAAUGUUCCUAGCCAUGAAUACGUGUUGAUUCUUGUUGAUGGUAUCGGGAAUUCUUCGGGUAUGCUUGGAAGCGAAUAUUACAACACCUGCAUCAUUGAUCUCAGAGAAGAGCUUCGUGAUAUUUUACGUCAGCUGCUCGCCAGUGCGUACGUUUCAAUUGUUUUUCGCGAUUCUCUUAUGGGUACGAAAACUGAGAGCAUUGCACGCGAGAUUCCAAUCGAGACAAGCGGGGCUGAUGGAACGAUAGAAAAAAUGCUGCGCAAUCUCCUGACGAAAUCAGUGUUGGUCGAACAUUCUUCGAUGCCGAACGAAACGUAUAGAUUAUGCUUUCGACAAUUCCAUCCGUCUGGAUCACUCCAGCUUGAGUGGGAAAGUUUUUUAGGCGAGCCUCUCCAUCCCGCUUUUAAAUGGCUUCGAAGCAAAGCAGCGUAA